GGCGCCUCAGUCCCUUCUCCCGCCGUAGCUAUGUCGGUGGUGGGCAUCGAUUUGGGUUUCCAGAGCUGUUACGUGGCCGUGGCCCGCGCCGGCGGCAUCGAGACCAUCGCUAAUGAGUACAGCGACCGCAGCACGCCAUCAUGUAUAGCCUUUGGACCCAAGAAUCGCUCAAUUGGUGCUGCAGCUAAAAGCCAGCCUAAAAUACCUAGAGAUGUGUGAAGAUUCAUUAUCUAGAAUACAAAAAUGACUCGACACAACCAUGUUAUUCAAGAACAGAAGAACUGUACUAGAACUAAAUACAGAUGUUUUUUCUGGAAUUGAGUGUCUGCUUAGCUUAAAGAAAUUCAUUGAUACAGAGAUCCAGUAGAGAUGAGGUAUGUUCUGCAGAAACUAAACUUACAGAAAAUUAAAACCAGGUUACUUAGGAAAUAGACCCUUGACUGAAACUGAAAUCAGAGGUAAAUGUUAUAUGGUACAGUGCUUGUCUGCUUUGUCAAUUACUGUGUUUUUUUCCAGUAUGUAUCUUGCUCUAAUGUAAAUGAAAGAAUUAAACAAGUUUACUUGCACUACGUGAAAACAAGCUAUAACGAUUUUUCAUUUCUUUAUUUGCACUGAUCUCUGUUAUUAAUAAGACAAUCUACCUUUUGUCAGUUAAAUCAAGUUGACAAUAUCACGUUGGUGCCCUCCUGACUUUUUAAAGCUUCAUGACAAGGUCCUUGAGCUGUUUUGUGAGAAUAUCUAUGUGUUGGCUGUCACAUGCAUGUGAUGAACCUGAACUGGAGUUUACGUCAAUAUGCUUGUUAUAUUUGCAAAAUUACUGGCUGCAACGCAAUAGAAAGGUUAUUUCAAAUGCAAAGAAUACAGUACAAAGUUUUAAAAGAUUUCAUGGUCGUGCAUUCUCAGAUCCCUUUGUUCAAGCUGAAAAAGCAAGCCUUGCGUAUGAACUUGUCCAGCUGCCAACAGGCUCAACUGGCAUCAAGGCCAUGUACAUGGAAGAAGAAAGAAACUUUACUAUUGAACAGGUGACAGGAAUGCUUCUUACCAAAUUAAAAGAGACUGCUGAGAAUGCGCUUAAGAAGCCUGUAGUUGACUGUGUUGUUUCUGUUCCUUGUUUCUACACAGAUGCAGAAAGGAGAUCUGUGAUGGAUGCUACACAGAUUGCUGGUCUCAACUGUCUGAGACUAAUAAAUGAAACAACUGCAGUUGCCCUUGCAUAUGGAAUCUAUAAGCAAGACCUGCCUGCCUUGGAAGAGAAGCCUCGGAAUGUUGUUUUUGUGGAUAUGGGGCAUUCUGCUUAUCAAGUUUCUGUUUGUGCAUUCAACAAAGGAAAACUGAAAGUUCUUGCUACAUCAUUUGAUACAACACUUGGAGGCAGGAAGUUUGAUGAGAUGUUAGUUGAAUACUUUUGUGAAGAAUUCGGAAAGAAAUAUAAACUAGACGUAAAGUCAAAGAUUCGUGCAUUGUUGAGACUAUACCAGGAAUGCGAAAAACUGAAAAAAUUGAUGAGCGCUAAUGCCUCUGAUCUUCCGAUGAACAUAGAAUGCUUCAUGAAUGACAUAGAUGUCUCUGGAACAAUGAACAGGAGCAAAUUUUUAGAGAUGUGUGAUGGACUCCUUGCAAGAGUAGAACCCCCGCUUCGCAGUGUGCUGGAGCAAGCCAAGUUAAAGAAGGAGGAUAUUUAUGCAGUAGAGAUAGUUGGUGGUACCACAAGAAUCCCUGCUGUAAAAGAGAAGAUCAGUAAAUUUUUUGGCAAAGAAGUCAGUACAACUUUGAAUGCAGAUGAGGCUGUUGCACGAGGUUGUGCGCUGCAGUGUGCGAUUUUAUCCCCGGCUUUCAAAGUGAGAGAAUUUUCUAUCACAGAUUUGAUACCGUAUCCUAUUUCUUUACGAUGGAAUUCACCAGCAGAGGAAGGGUUAAGUGACUGUGAGGUCUUUCCCAAGAACCAUGCUGCUCCAUUUUCAAAGGUCCUCACGUUCUACAGAAAGGAACCUUUUACUCUUGAGGCAUACUACAGUUCUCCCAAGGAAUUGCCUUACCCAGAUCCUGCUAUAGCUCACUUUUUGGUUCAGAAGGUCACUCCUCAAACAGAUGGAUCCAGUUCAAAAGUGAAAGUGAAAGUUAGAGUAAAUAUCCAUGGCAUCUUCAGUGUUUCAAGUGCAUCUUUAGUGGAGGUUCAUAAAUCUGAUGAGAAUGAAGAGCCUAUGGAAACAGAUCAGCAUGCAAAAGAGGAAGAGAAGAUGCAGGUAGACCAGGAAGAGCAACAAAAGCCUGAAGAACAACAGCAGGCCCAACCUGAAAAUAAGGCAGAGUCUGAAGAAAUGGAGACUUCUCAGGCUGACUCAAAAGACAAGAAAGUGGAUCAACCGCCUCAAGCCAAGAAGGCUAAAGUAAAGACAACUACAGUGGACCUUCCCAUUGAGAAUCAGUUGGUGUGGCAGAUAGGGAAAGAUAUGCUGAACUUAUUCAUUGAGAAUGAGGGUAAAAUGAUAAUGCAGGAUAAGCUAGAGAAAGAGAGGAAUGAUGCCAAGAAUGCAGUGGAAGAAUAUGUGUAUGAUAUGAGAGACAAACUCUGCGGUAUUUACGAGAAAUUUGUUAGUGAAGAUGAUCGAAAUAGUUUCACGCUGAAGCUGGAAGAUACAGAAAACUGGCUUUAUGAAGAUGGUGAAGACCAACCCAAACAAAUUUAUAUUGAUAAAUUGACAGAAUUGAAGACUCUGGGUCAACCUAUUCAGGCAAGAUUUCAAGAAUCGGAGGAAAGACCAAAAGCAUUUGAGGACUUAGGGAAGCAAAUUCAACAGUACAUGAAAACUGUUCAUGCAUUCAAAGCAAAGGAUGAACAGUAUGACCAUCUAGAUGAAGCAGAUGUAGCAAAAGUGGAGAAGAGUGCAAAUGAAGCUAUGGAGUGGAUGAACAAUAAACUUAAUCUUCAAAACAAGAGAAGUCUUACUUUGGACCCAGUUAUAAAAGCUAAAGACAUACAAGCUAAAACUAAAGAAUUGACAAGUAUUUGUAAUCCUAUAGUCACAAAACCAAAACCCAAAGUUGAACUCCCAAAGGAGGAGCAGAAACCAACUGAACCCAAUGGACCAGUAGAAGGCCAGGGAGAAGCCAACGGCGGGUCCCAGGCUGCCGAACAGAGUGCUGCUGCUGCCCCAACGGCCACGGAGAAGAAGCUUCCCGAAAUGGACAUUGACUGAAUUUCAGCACUUGUUUAUAUUAUUGCAAACUACAAUAAAGCUUUAAGUUGUCAACUUUGUAUGUUCUGAAUACAAAUUGAAGCAAGUGAAUACCACAGCACUCUUAGGAAUUUUUGGAGAGGUUUGGUCAAUGCAUCAAGUCAGAACGCUUAGGUAGCUAACUACUCAGUUGAAUAAGCAGUAUUUCUUACCAUUAUGAUUGUAUUUAGAAGUUUUGGUAUUCUUACUUGACCUACAGGAACAGCCAUAAGCUGGUUCUCCAUUUUUAAUGUCCAUGGUGAGUCGAUCUUAUUUUAAAGUAGUGAGACAGCACCCUCUGAAGCCAGACUGGGCACGCUGUUUGUUCCCUUGUGGACUGCAGCAACAGUGUUUAUAUAAAGUGCCCCUUGACACUUGCACUGCAAGAAGAUAAUGGGGGAGAGGGAGUGCUCCUGCUAAAGCAUAGUCUUUCACUUGCUCACCUUAAUCUAGCCCUUGUUUUUAGUGUUAAUGCACCACUCUAGAUUUGAUUUGCACUUGAACAGUUCAUAGUAACACAAGGUUUGCAGAGCAUCAGCACGUUUAUUCCUUAGCUGGUGCCAUUGCGUGACAGGUGACUGGGAUUCAUUAAUCUGAUAACAUAGAGUAGCAGCCACUGUGCACUCCUGCAGCUCAGACCAUGAAUGUGCUCCUAGACACGAGUGUCUGCUCCUGGCCAACUCCCCAGCUGGUUAGAGCCUGUAAACUUCUUUGUCUCUGGUGAAAUUAGCUGCUUGUAGAAAGAAUGAAUACUUGUAUUUCAGCUGCCUAUGCUGAUAGCCGAUUCUGACUGGUUCCUAACUUUUUCUGAAGGGGGUAUGCUUGCUUCCACGAGGCCUUCAUUUGGAAUGCUUGGUUUUUUUUUUUUGUUCUGUUUUCUUUCCCAGGAAAAGAAAGACCUGAGCGAUUUGGCAUUUUUUUCUAUGAGCUUUAUACAAUGAUUUGCUUCUAGUACUGAUUGUCAUUAAACUUGCAAACAUUAAUUUGUAUGUGUUAAAAUCCAAAGCUGAAACACCCAUUCAGAUAUUGCAAGAAAUAAAUGCACUGGAUUCUACUGGA